AUGGCGUUCCAAAUUUUACUUUAUAUUGUCGUAGUCCUUUUUCUGGUUACAAUUGCUAUAGUCUAUUUAAAACUCAUACGUCCUGAGAAACGUGUUUAUGAUAUACUUCGUGCGCAAGGAAUCAAUGGUGAACCAUUCGUACCAUUAAUUGGUCAGCUUCCUUCCAUUCGUCGAUAUCGAGAAUUCGGUUCGAUCCUGAGUUUUCAGCAAGACUUAGCUCGAAAACAUGGAAAUUUGUUUUUAUAUGCUUUCGGUCCAGUAGUACGUCUCGUUAUUACUGAACCUGAUUUACUUGCUGAUAUGUUUAGUCGCAGAAAUGUACAAAAUUAUAUUAAACCACCUUUAUUCAAUACUGUCUUCAGUCAAAUUAUUGGUGAAAAAAAUUUGCUAGUAGCCGAAGGUAAUGAACAUGAACGAGCACGACGAAUGAUUAAUCCUGCUUUUUAUCAUACCAAUCUUAAAUCCAUGGUGUCAAUCAUUACUGAUCAAACAGCAAGGACCAUCGAUAGACUUAUUCAAAUAUCGACUAUCAAACAAAAAGAUCAAAUAUCAAUUGACCUACAAAAUCAAUUUAAUGCACUUACAUUAUCUAUAAUUGCAUCGAGUGCAUUCGGUUCAGGAUUUGAAACAAUAACUAAUGCUCAAGAGAUUAUUCACACAACGUUCGGUGAGGUACUUGAAGUUAUUCUUCGUCGCUCAUUGCUGAUGAUUAAUCAGAUACCUUUCUUAUCAAAAUUUCCCUUCUGGGGAAAAAAUAUAGUUGAUAAGGGAGUUCGCAUUAUAAGCGACUUUGUCAACCAAAUAAUUGUGCAGAGACGACAAGGAAAAUCGGCUAGUUUAUCUAAUGGACCUGACCUUCUUGAUUUGUUGCUUGCAGCUGUUGAUGAUGAAGGAAAACCAUUUACUGAUCAAGAAAUCAAAGAAGAAGCUCUGACGUUUGUACUUGCUGGCAGUGAAACUACUGGGAAUCUUAUGACAUGGAUAUUAUACGUUUUAAUGACUCACGACGAUGUAUUAGGAGCAUGUCGAGAAGAAGUUGAUAGGAUUUUAUCAAAUGGUAAAUUGCCGACUAAUGAUAAUCUUACUGAUCUAGUUAUAUGUGAAGCAAUCAUCAAUGAAACACUUCGUCUCUAUCCACCGGCACCAGUUUUCACACGUUAUUGCAUACGAGAACAUAUUAUCGGUGACGAGCAUCCCAUACGUAUUCCUGCAGGAGCGACUAUACUAAUAAGUGACUAUCUUCUUCAUCGUCGAAAUGAUCUUUGGCCUCGGGCAGACGAAUUCGAUUACACUCGUUGGAUGCGUGAUCCGAAAACAGGUUUGAAACCAAAAUUAUCACAUCCAUUUUCUUAUCUUCCAUUUGCUGCUGGUCCACGAAACUGUAUCGGACAAAAUUUUGCUUUAUUAGAAGCUAAAAUCAUGUUAGCUAUGUUUGUUCAACGAUGCAAUUUUGAAAUGGUACCUGGGCAGAAAAUAGUGUUAGAUUUAAAAAUUACGAUGGGAUCAAAAUACGGUCUUUGGGCUAAAAUUAGCAACAGAAAAAUAUGA